AUGAAGGAUAUUUAUAAGGCCACCUCUGCCCUCGACGGUGCACGACUUUACUUUAACUAUCAGUCUGGCAUUACUAGUGAACUAUACAUAAUUCUCACCAUGUUUGCACUUGUGUGGUUAUACCUUUUGGGGGCAUGCCUCGCUCAAGGUUCCUCACCAUCAGAAGACUGCAGCCCCAGCGACUUUACAGAUAAUGUCGACAAGCGCGCCAUUUCCUUUAACGCAUUGGGUACCCUGCCCAUUGAGUUCGAGGGAGCAAAGACUCCAUGGUACAUCAGUACUGCUGUGACCGAUGAACGGGACCAAAACCGUACAUUCGACGGCGCUCACUCCAGGCAGUGGAUCAAGGGCUUUAUAAGCGUUCCUCGAUACCUAGUUGCUGACAAGUCCGUCGGGGUCUGUUCGUUCAUGUUCCAAGGACUAAACAGCAGCUCUGAGAACCUAGACGAUGCAGAUGAGUCUUGUGAAGGCGUCAUAAGCGAGGCGUGUAUCGAGGAAUUGGAGAAUUCGACUCUCCCGAUACGCACUAGUGGAGGCUGUCCCAGCUCCGCGGCCUUUAUCCUCAGCGCUCAAUGCAAGAAGCACCUUACUUUGUACCAGCUAGUCUCGCCGCGGAAUAUUUCCACGGACAGUUGCACACUCGGCAACAUACCAAAUCUCGAUGUUCCUGUUGACUAUUGGACGUAUGGCGGUUCUAUCUCUUCAGGGGAGACAGGUGAUGACGACUACGAUGACUUUGACUCUUAUGAUAUGAGAGUUCAGCAGACUAUUCCAAUAUUCACGGUGGUAUCGGGCGGUGGUAUCAGUGACAGGAAGUUGGUGUGCAUUACUCCGAAUAACAUUGUCUCGGGCAGUCGAAAACCCGAGCUUAAGCUAGGAGAAGCUGAGGAAGAUGAAUACGAUGAGGGUGAGGGUGAGGAAGGGUAUGAGAACAUGGCGUCACGAGUUGGAGGUUUGGGGUUUGUUUUCCUCAGAAUAUGUCUCGCGCAGAAUUCCUCGCUGCCCGAAGACUGCCCUUCUGAGAUCCGACGCGUUAACGAUGGCCGCUUGAUCUACAACUCAACACGCACAGCGCGCACCAAAGUCGCAGGACAGGGUUUGCCAUGGUACAUAACCGCCGCUGUAACCGACAAACGUGCAAUAGGUGCCCGCGUAUUUGGAGGCGUCGAUACCGCCGUUUUUAUAAGCGGUCCUAAAACACUUGCAGGCCCGACGACUUUAGCCGGACAAGAUAUACUGGUCUGCUCGUCCAUGUUGAAAGCUGUAAACAGGACCUCCGAGAACCCCCCAGAUAUGGAUGCUCCUGAGAACACGCCGUACGCAAAUCACUCAUGCAAAGGCGUCAUGAGCGAGAAAUGCAUCGGGGAGUUCGAGAAUCCUACGCGUGAUGGUAUAGGGCGCGCUGCUAGAUGUCCGAAUUUGUAUUCUCUGGGCCUCAGCGACGAAUGUAGGGAUGGGUUGCUGACUGGGCGUACCGGUGAUGAGGAUCGGGAAAACUUUGAUAGGCUGAUAUGUAUAGCCCCGGACCAGGUUGUUCCGGGUAGUCGAAAGCCCCAGUUGAAGUUGCAAGUGGAUGAUGAAGAGGAUGAGGACGAUGGAGAGGAAGAGGAAGAGGAAGAGGAAGAGGAAGAGGAGAACUCGGCGCCUCGAGCUGGAGGUUUGGCGGCUGCGACGAUCUUUCUUUGUGUUAGCGCCAUCAUCUUGAGUCUUCUGUAG